CUGGCUUUGUACGCGGAGGCGCCUGCCGGUCCUUUAACAAUGGGCGGUGCAGCCGUCCCGGCGUCGGUCCCGAGCUGAGGCCAGUGCUUCGCAGCCGACUGUCCGCAGCAUGAACGGGGCGGGCGCCCCUGACCGAAGGUGCCGCGUCUUACCCGGCGCCGCCUGGGCCCAUGGAGCUGGAGGGGCAGUGGUGGCGAGGACAGCUGGCCGCCGAUAUUCAUCAAGCGCUUCGGUACAAGGAGCUGAAGUUGCCCUCCUACAAAGGCCAGUCCCCUCAACUGAGUCUCAGGCGGUAUUUUGCUGACUUGAUUGCCAUUGUGAGCAAUCGCUUCACACUCUGCCCUUCUGCCCGGCAUCUUGCUGUCUAUUUGCUGGACCUGUUUAUGGAUCGUUAUGACAUCUCUAUCCAGCAGCUGCAUUUAGUUGCGCUUUCUUGUCUGCUUCUAGCAAGUAAAUUUGAAGAAAAAGAAGAUAGUGUGCCUAAGUUGGAGCAGCUCAACAGCCUGGGUUGUAUGACUAAUAUGAAUUUAGUAUUAACAAAACAAAAUUUGCUACAUAUGGAGCUAUUGUUGUUAGAAACUUUUCAGUGGAACCUCUGCCUUCCAACAGCUGCCCAUUUCAUCGAGUAUUAUCUCUCCGAAGCAGUACAUGAAACAGAUCUUCAUGAUGGCUGGCCAAUGAUUUGUUUGGAAAAAACUAAACUCUACAUGGCCAAGUAUGCAGAUUACUUCCUGGAAGUAUCUUUGCAAGAUUAUGCCUUUCUAAAUUAUGCACCUUCUUUAGUAGCUGCUGCAUGUGUGGCUUCUUCAAGAAUUAUACUUCGUCUUUCUCCAACGUGGCCUACAAGACUGCAUCGUCUUACUGCUUACUCCUGGGAUUUCUUAGUGCAGUGCAUUGAACGGCUAUUGAUCGCUCAUGAUAAUGAUGUGAAAGAAGCAAACAAACAGAGGGGACAGGCAGGACCUCAGUCAGCACAACUAAGUGUCUUCCAGGCAGCCUCCCAGCCCUCGAGGCCAGUUCACUUUCAACAACCUCAGUAUCUCCAUCAAGCGCAUCAGACCUCACUGCAGUAUCGCCAUCCUGUAUCAGAACAAGCAAGCUGUCAGCAGAUCGUAUCUACCACUCACACCUCAUCCUACACAUUACAGACAUGUCCUGCUGGCUUCCAAACUAGUGUUCAGGGCCUUGGGCACAUGCAAACUGGUGUUGGGAUGUCACUAGCAAUACCCGUAGAAGUCAAGCCCUGCCUGAGUGUUUCUUAUAACCGGAGUUAUCAGAUAAAUGAACAUUAUCCUUGCAUUACUCCAUGUUUUGAAAGGUGAAAGUAAUACCUGACCCAUACUGUUUUGUGACUUGAAGCUCUGGAGCAAGCUUUAUUUAAACUCUUCAAAAGGAAAGGGAGCCAAAUGGCAACAAAACACUUCAGAUACCAGCUCCAGGAAGACUGAAUAUCCCUUUCAAUGCAUCAAGAAUAGCUGGGAGGACUAAGCAAACACUUUAAUAGUGUGUAUGACAAAUCCUAUUACAACAAAUUCCUGUAUGACAAAGAUUUUCAAGCCAUGGCUGAUGGUCCAAAUAUUUCAAAAAUAUUCAAUGCAACAGAAAAUUUGGACAGACCCCAAUUCACCAUAAUGAGAUUUGACCUGUGGUGGGCUCUGGCCUAAUGUUGACAUCUGUGUCAAAGACUAAUGUUUAUCUGUGGAUUUGCCAAACAGUCUUUUAUGAAGGAAAGUUACAGUAUUAAUUUCUGAAGAAAUCCUUUUUUUUCUGCAGUUUUGAGUUAUAUUUUUGAUUUACAGAUGAAUUUUUGACUAAGUUUAAACUUGUGAAUUUCUAUACUAUUCUAAUCUGAGCAGUAAAAAAAGAAAUUUUUAAAUGAUUCUGUAUAACUUCCUAUCACAAAUAGUAUAUGUACCUGGAUUUAUAUACUAAAAUGAAGGGUGGAGUAGCUCUCUUAUCUUAAAAUCAUUGUCAUAAUUUUUUGUUUUUUCCCUAAGUGAUCAGCUUCAAAUCUUUAGAUUAAAAUACAUUUAACUCAGGGAAUUUGUACUACUUGGAAACACUUAACUGUAAUGCAACAUACUUUGGAAAUGUUACAGUGUGAACUACCUUUAUAACUAGGCUAAAAUACUCCUGCUAGGAUGUUGUUGUCAAUUGAGAACAUAACAUUGUAGCAUUGAAUGAAUGAAAUAGUGGUUUCUAUGAUUCAUAAUACAUAUAUACAUUUUGCAUUUCUCAGUGCAAUCGAUAAUCUAUACCUAGAUUUGAUAUUACUCUAAAAAAAAGUUUUUUCAAGGGAAGGCAUACUGUAAAAUGUCAAUACUAGAAUAAAGUUCCAUAGGUUUAUUCUGGAGUGGAGUGUGGCCAGGUAGUUCUCAGGUUGUACUUGAGCAGCACUUUGUCCUGUUGUGUGGCAGACAAGUGCUAUAAGCAACAUUUGAAUCCAUCUGGUCAGUCUAAGCAGGCAAAGGUACUGACUACUAAAUUUCAAUAGCCACCCUCCUUGAAUUGGCCCCAGAAAUGCCCUGGGACAUUUCACUCUCCUGGUAAUGAGUGAAAACAGCAAUAAUAGUCAUUACAAUUAGGGCAAUUUGGGGGUAAAGAGUUUGGGAGGAUAAAUUUAAAAAGUUAAAAAAAGUCAUUGUAAUAAAGUGUAUACAUUGUGCUCUUAUCUGUGGGAGAAGGGAGAUUCGGUGAAGGGAAACUUUCUGAUUUAAAAGUUAGGUGUGUCUUUGUUUAUGUUUUUUUUUUUUUUUUUCUUUUAAAAGAUAGCACUUGAAUAGGAGGGAAUCUGCAUGGCAGGUAUGUGACUGCCAUAAUAUGCAUUGAAGACAAGCUUAUUAUAAAGAUGUGGGUAUGCAGCAGAGUCUCAGCAAUCAAGCCAGUGGCUUUUAGUAGGAAGGGAAGGGGCUCAGCACAGCAACGGACAGAUCUGAAUAACUCCAGUGGAUGAGUGUCGGUGGGUGGCUUCUGCCAGCAUGAAUUCUUAAAGAAAAAUCCUUUCCUUAAAAGGAAGAUACUUUUACAUUUAGAGUACAUAGGGCAUGAUGUGGCUUUAUUAGACUGGUAGAUGGAAUAGAACAACGACCACAAAAACAAAAAACCACUCAGGUAAGAAAAACUCAGCAUUUUCAAGCAUGAAAUUGUGUUCUGAAAGUAUCAUCACUUACUCUUUAGAAAAGGCUGCUAAUUGGAUUUUGGUAAUUUUUAUCUCAAAAAAACUUGAAUUAUUUUGGGGAAAAUGGGUUCAAAAGAGAAUCUUUCACAUUCAGAACCCAGCAACUUGGAGUCCAUUUUCAGUAUUUUAACUACCUCAAAUACUAUGAAUGUAAGAUAAUUGGGAUAGAAAUCCCAACUUGAAACAAUGACCGGUGCCUAUGGUAACUUAAUGUCUUGUCAAAUGCUUUUAUUAAUCGAUUUGUCAUUCUUGUUAUAGAAGAAUAUGCCUUUUUUAAAAAAGCUUAUUAAUAACACUUUCCCAAUAUAUUUAAAAAAAGAUAACACUGGAUUGAUGUUU